AUGACUUCAAAAUUAAUUAAUUUCAUUACAAUUGAAAAAGAAAGAUUUGAAGAUGAAUGUGUUAAAUUUAUUAAAAAUGUAAUUACAGAUUCAAUUAAUAGUAGAAAUAUUGCAACCAUUGGUUUGUCUGGUGGAUCAACACCAAAGCCAAUCUAUGAAAUGUUAGGUAACGAUUCAUCAAUAGAUUGGACAAAAGUGUAUUUCUUUGCAGUAGAUGAGAGAUACAUUGAUAAAAGUAGCAAAGAUUCAAUCUAUGAUUUAAUUAGUAAAUCUGUUUUCAAGAAUAGAGAGAAUUUAUUAGUCGACCAUUUCAUUACCCCAAAUACCUCACUUCCUUUGAAAGAAUGUAUUGAAACCUAUUCAAACGAUUUAAAGAAAUUAAUUGAAAAAUCAAAUGGUUCACCAGAUUUAGUUACAUUAGGUAUGGGUGAAGACGGUCAUAUAGCAUCCAUCUUUCCAAAUUCUCCAAAAUCGCCACUCGAUGAAACUGAUUUAGUCUAUCAUACAACCACUGAACGUUUUGCAAUCUUUGAUCGUAUCACUACCAACAUUAACUUUUUAGCUUCCUCAAAAAAUAAAGUCUUCUUUAUGAGUGGUUCUUCAAAGAAAAAAGUUUGGGAUGAAAUGGAAUCUUCUCAAAUAAAUGUUUCUAGAUGGCCAGCUCAUAAAAUAAUUUCAUCUGGUAAUACAAAUGUAUUUUAUAGAGAAUAA